GCUAGGCGUCCUGCCUCGUCGUCGUCCCCCUCAGCGCCGCAUCGGCUCUCAGUCGCUGCUACGCCUCGUCAUGUCUAGGCUGCCUUGCUUGGUACACUCAGUUCCGCUCCUCUCGAUCGCCGAUGGCCUGGUCACGGUCUCCGUCCGACUGUCUGUCCUCCUACCUACACAGCACUUCUAGGCGAUCUGGUACCUAUGACGCGACACAUACGUUCAGACGAAUACAGAGCUCUGUCAUUCGCUUCCCCGAAUGGACGCACCGCCUUUCUUCACAACCGAUGUCUGUCCAGCUGUCCAGCUCCUACGCGCCGCAUCGCCUCGUACUCCCGGCGAGACUCGAACAGACAACACUCGCACAUAGAACAGAAACUGGCAUCCUCGACCUCCCGAAGAUGGACGCACUGUUAAAUUCCCUUCUUUCGCCCUCGAAACGUACACCAGGCGGUCGACAUCCCGAAGAAUCAAACGCAGCUUCGUCAGAAUGGUCGCACCAGUUAUGUCGGGCGAUGGACCGCCCAUCUCUGAAGACUAGAUACUACUACGGCGCCGCUUGGGGCUACAAACGGUGUGCGCCAGGAGAGUGAUUCAAUAUCCCAAGUCCACUGCACGAUAGAUCGACUCUGCAUAUCCGUCCACUCACAAUACCGCUUGAGACAUGGGAUAUCCAGGACCUGGCCUCGCAAGGUGAGCUUCUACACUUAGUCUU